AUGCUUACUGAACUUGCUAUGGACUCUGUCAAAAAAGCUACCUUGAUCCUUCAUGAAAAGCUAGGUGCCAAUAAGGUGAUCUUUCCUAACGAUAGCCAAGAUACCACUCAUCGAAGCUCCGGUGAACGGGAUCCCUCUUUCUAUAUGCUUGCUCAGGCGACAGAGGUCACUCCUGCUUGCAGUGUUCUCCCAGCUGAUACUGAAGAUGUCGUAUCAGCAAUUGAUAUUCUACGGGAGGCUGGAGCUACAUUUGCUGUCAAGUCUGGUGGCCACAGCACGUAUAGUACUGGUUCAAAUGUUGAAAAUGGUAUCGUUAUUAAUCUAUGCCACUUAAAAAACAUCAAUAUCUCUGUGGAUCAAAAAUCUGUUACUGUUGGAAGCGGCUGCAGGUUUGGCGAGGUUUAUAGCAAGCUGGCAGAUCUGAAGCUUGGUUGCGUUGGAGGAAGGGUUUCGAGCGUUGGGGUCGGAGGGCUUGUUUUGGGAGGUGGAAUUUCCUUCUUUUCUUCUGAGAGAGGACUUGCGUGCGAUAAUAUUAUAAGCUACGAGCUCGUCCUAAUUAGCGGCCAAGUACUCAAAGUCACUCGGGAAUCAUAUCGUGACCUAUUCUGGGCUAUGAGAGGCGCUGGCUCGUGUUUUGGAAUUGUUACUCGUUUCGAGCUCAAAACUUUCGAAAUGGGAAAGAUUUGGGGAGGUACUCGAACAUAUGCUCAUGAGCAUGAGACGGCAGUCUUUGACAGCUUUGACACAUUUGUUCAAACAGGAGCCGUAGCCAAUGCUCUGGCACAGGCAUACAUCAUUGGAACUGACGCCGCAAAAGAUGGUAAUUACAUUUAUAGUGUGACUAUGUCCCACGGCAGUCCUGAAGAACCUCCGGUUUUUGAUGACUUUAAACAUCUUACGCCUCUUGAAUCCACGACUCAAACUCGCACUCUGAAAGACCUUUGCGACGAACUUGACACCCACAUGGAAGCCGGUAUUAGGUAUCUAAGCAUUGAUGGAAAAGAGAAGCAUCCAAUGAGCAAAGAGCUGAUGGAGUUUCUUAGGUAUCAUAUCCUCGCUUUGUCCAUCAAAUAUGAUCGCGAAACAUUGAAGGAGAUUAUCGAUCUCUAUGCCGAAGGAGCGAUGCUUUUAAAAGACCAGGAUGAUUUCGCACCAGCAUUCGUAUGCCAACCCCUACUCCCAAGCAUGCUGCCAAAGGAUGACAUCGGGAAUCCUAUGGGGAUUAAGCCUGAAGAUGGGCCAUUGAUAUUAUUUACUCCUGUUUGGAGGUGGACAGAAAAAAAGCACGAUGAGGCGAUCCGUAAGGCAGCAAAUAUAUUCGAGGAAAAAGCUGAAAAAGCUGCUCGAUCCCGUGGGAAAUUCCACAGGUACAGAGUUCUUAACUAUUCCACAGCUCAUCAAGACGUUUAUGGUGGUUAUGGCGAAGAAAACAGGAAGCGCCUUCUGGAGAUAAGAGACAAGUAUGACCCGGUCGAUAUUAUGUCAAAACUUCGUCCCGGUAUUAUACAGCUCCUCCCUCAGAAAAACACUGGUGUAUAUGGGAGUGAUAUGUAA